AUGAAGACUAAUACUUGGAUUGCGACCACACUGUUGGCAGCUGCUCCCUUGGCUCUGGGGCACGGCUUUCCUGACAUCAAGAACGAGCGUUCUGGUGACCUGUUUCGACAGCUGCAUUGGGGCCAGCAUUGGGACGUCGAAGACGGAGUGAUACAUGAUGGCAACUCGACUGGAGUGACUGUCCAGGCCGAGGGUGAGACGCUUUACCUAGCAUACCCUCGCGGAGGCAGUACCGAGAAUGCUAUCGUAUACUUUACGGACAUCUUCGGCCUUCAGCUGGUGAACAACAGACUACUUGCCGAUUCUCUGGCCCGCGCUGGCUACUUCGUGGUCUUGCCAGACCUCUUCCGUGCCGAUCCUGUCCCGGCGGAUGCGCUGUCGGAUCCGAAUUCGAGCUUUAACAUGACUGAAUGGCGGACACGUCAUCCAAUCACGCAGACAGAAGAGAUUAUUGACCAUGCCAUUACCGCUGUCCGUACUGGUUUCAAUGCCUCGCACGUAGCUGCUGUGGGUUAUUGCUUCGGUGGCAGAUUCGUGGCCCGUCACCUGGCGACUGGCGGAGGCGUGGACGUGGGCUUCGCAGCACAUCCAUCCUCAACGACUGCCGACGAGUGGAACGCAGUCGUUGGGCCCAUCAGUCUCGCUUUUGGUGAGCUUGAUGGAAGCAAUACGCCUGAGAAUCGGACGAAUAUCGAGGGCAUAUUCUCAGCAGGCAACAAAUCAUUUCAAACUAGCCUCUACGCUCAGGCCGAGCAUGGCUUCGCUGUCAGGACGAAUCUCUCGGUGCCGUUGAAGGCCUUUGCACAAGAGAGUGCGUACUGGCAGGCUGUAAGAUGGUUCGAUGCAUGGGUGAAGGGGGAGUAUUAG